AUGGCUGCCACCACCGUUUUCGGCCGGUGGCUGCGACUGGGCCUGAAUUUUUCUCAGCGGAUUUGCUCAGUUCUAGAGGCUUCUUCGCCCGUGAAAAUAUCAAGUGAUAGGCUGUAUAGCCAAUAUAGCUCCCUUGUAUCAACGUCACUACCAGAUGUCGAUUCUGAAAUUGAGAGGGUAUCCCGGCAUUCUUUACGAGGCAAAGCCAUGCGAGCCAUGCAGGAAAAGCUCAGACGGCGAGAACCAUUACCACCACCGAGAGAGCUCAGAAUGAAGGAGGACCAGGACUGGAGUAACGUCUAUCCCACAGCUGCCCCCUUUAAAUGGUCUGCUGUGCCCCUGCCCAUUAGAAUGGGUUACCCAGUCAGGAGAGGAAUCCCACCCCACAAGUAUGGAAAUGCCGAACUUCUCAAGAUCCCAAAUUUUCUUCACUUGACUCCGCCUGCAAUCAAGAAACACUGUGCAGCAUUAAAAGAGUUCUGCACUGAGUGGCCAGAGGGACUGGAAACCGAUGAGGAUUGUGAGAGACACUUCCCUUUGGAGGUGGAAACAUCCGACUAUUUAUUCAGCGGUCCAUCCCUUAGACAUCCGGAUGCCAGAAUCAUCACAGUCAAGGUUAAAUUAAGAGAUCUUCCACUGGACAAGCACGCCCGUUGGAAGCUGAUUCAACUGGCCGGGCAGAGGUACAACAAGAAAACGCAAACCCUCACGCUCACCACAGACAGGUGUCCAGUUAGGAAACAGAACCGCAACUAUGCCAUGUAUCUACUAACUGUGCUCUUCAACGAAGCUUGGAUAACUGAGCCUUGGGAAGCUGACAUCACAGAAGACGAUAUGGAGGAAUACGUCUGGGACAUCAGCCCCUCGCGCCGUUCCACCAUCGCCACGCUAGCAAGGAUGAACAACAAGGAUAACAUGGAAGGCGAGGUGAGCCCUGGGGAGGAGUUGGAGUAUCUUGGGUCACCGGAGGUCAGCAAGUAUGGGGACGCGGUGACGGCACUGCGGAACACCCCAGAAAGCCACCAGUCACUAGAGAGAUACAAAGCAGCAGCACUAAGCCUGCUUCAAAUGAGUAAGGACGAGUCAUGAACACUGGUGCUCUUCCAGUGGAUCAGUUGCCGAUCGGCGGCUUCAAAGAUCUAAUUUCUUACUCGUGCAGUUAUCCCUUGCAACCUGUUUUCAAGAAACUAUAAGGGUAUCUCCACAUCACGCACUGGCUUUUGGUCUGCAAUACUCACACCGUAGAAAACUUACGUUCUUUGCGAUUGAUGGUGAGCUGCGGCAUGCACUUCAUCAACUGGCGUCAUGGGUGAUAUUGCGAACAGAUCAGAAAGUCCAUCCAUUUCCCAGUUUGAGUAGGUCAACACAUCCCCUCAUCUUUUUAUCCCUUAGUGGAAAUUAUCAUGUUUGCCUUGAUUCACCCAGUCUACAGUGCUAUUUCUCUUUAGUUUCUUUUCAGUGAAUUGAUCAUUGAAACAUUCGAGACAAAGUUGACAAUAAACAAAAAAAAAUAUUUUAUUUGUUAACUGUUGUACUGAUAUACGUGAAAUAAUCUGAUAUUUCCCUCCUAGGCAAUCAAAUUUUCUUAUAAGUUGACAUAAUGACCAAGUAAGAGUAAAUAUCUCUACCGAGAUGCUUAACUAAACUUGACUUCAAAGUUACCAGGUUUAGGGGAUCAGAAAAAUUAUUUUGGAGAUAUUGAUGAAAAAGCCGUACUUUUUCAAGGCACAUUUUGGAAUUGCGUCAGUUGUUUGAAGAAUAUAAAAUGUGGAGAAGUUGAA